UGUGUUCCCAGAUGCAGGUAGCUGGGGAGCUGAAGGCGGAGCCCCGGAGUCCACUGGCUGGGAUUGUGGCUACCCUGCUCGCUGUUCUUGGGCUGGGCAGUUCCUGCUACGGCGUGUGGAAAAUGGUGGAGCAACGGCAGCCACCACCGGAGCCAUAA